CUGGGAGAAAGUCCCAGAAACCUAGCCCCCUCUCCCGCACCCGAACGCCACUCCUUCCCCUUCCUCUUCCUUCCACCCAGGAAAGGGGAACGUGGAAGGAAAUUAACUUUGACCCCUGAUUCUGGCUCGGGGCCUAAAACUCGGGGGGAAGGCGGAGGUUUCGCGGACCCCCGGCCCCCUCCCUCAGCCUCGUCGCCCUCCCCCGGCCUUCCGCGCCCCUUCUAGGCACCCGGCAGACGGAGAAAGGGUUCAUCCUGCGGGGGCUGGCGCAGCGCUGAAGGGGGAAGGCUGGGGGCGGAGGGAAGGGCGGCGGGAGCCCCGGCGGUCCCACCCCCAGCUGCAGCCCCUGGCAGGAAGAGAUUGUCGCGGGAGCCGCCGCCAAAAGGGACGGAGCUCGGGCGGACGGGCGCCCGGGCGGUGGCGGGUGGGCCCGCGAGCCGGGAGGACCCGGGCCCCGGCGGGGGGGGCGCGCCGCUCGGAGGAGGGGGCGUGGCCUGGGCUCGUCGGGCACCGGGCUGGGGCGCCUCCCGCGCCGGGAGCCCGGUGACACUGUCGGCGCCCUCCUUCCAGGGGCGGGCGGGGCAGCCAUGCUCCUGUCCGGGGGCGACCCUCCGGCGCAGGAAUGGUUCAUGGUGCAGACCAAGUCAAAGCCCCGGGUGCAGCGGCAGCGGCUGCAAGUGCAGCGCAUCUUCAGGGUCAAGCUGAACGCCUUCCAGAGCCGCCCGGACACCCCCUACUUCUGGCUGCAGCUCGAGGGGCCCAAGGAGAACAUGAGCAAAGCCAAGGAGUACCUGAAGGGCCUGUGCAGCCCGGAGCUGUGGAAGGAGGUCCGCUACCCGCAGGCCCUGCACUGCGCCUUCCUUGGGGCCCAGGGCCUCUUUCUCGACUGUCUCUGCUGGAGCACCCUGGCCUACCUGGUGCCUGGCCCCCCCGGCUCCCUGAUGGUGGGGGGGCUGACCGAGUCUUUUGUCAUGACCCAGAACUGGCUGGAGGAGCUGGUGGGGCGGCUGCGCUGGGGCCCUGCCGCUCUGCUCACCCCCAGAGGAAUCUGGGAGGCUGAGGUAACCAGGGCCUUCGGGGCCCUGGUCUGGAUCCGUGGUGACCAGUACGCAGGGGAUCUGCUGCAGCUGCCCCCAGCAGUCCAAGAGCUGCUGCUGAGCCUCGUGCGGGAUGCUGCGGGCAAGGAGGACAUCAUCGAGUGGCUCAGCCGCAUUGGCCCCUCCGACUUGCGCUCUGACCCCGAGGUCCUGAUCUGCCCCCCUCACCAGCAGAAGGAAGGCCCGGCCAUGGUGUCUGUGGGAGAUGGUCCUGGGCCCUUCCUGGAGGUGGGGACACUCCAGAACAGGAGUCAAGAACAUUCAAAGAGAUUAACCAGCCUGGGAGCCACCAGGGCCCUGGUCACAGCCACCCCAGGCCAGAACACACAGCAGGAGGCUGCCAGCCAGCUGGUACGGGUCGAUUCCAACAGCCACGGUGGCACAGACAGCGCUCGAGACGAAGGGCCAGCGCGAGCCACCGGCAGCCAGGACUCUGCAACCCACACACAGGCCCUGUCACAGCAGAGGCAGGGCCAGAGAGUGGAAGACAAACUCUCCUUCCAGCCUCCCGUGUCAGCCCUGGGUGUGUGCCCGCCCUGGAAGGCCUGGACCCCAGGGCCAGCCUUUGGGCCCUUGUGGCCGGGGGCUAUCGCUGCCACCUUCUGGAGGAUCAAUGAGCUGCACUCCCUCCACCUGGCCUGGCUCCUGUCCCAGGCGUGCUUCAGUUUCCCCUUCUGGCAGAGGCCGCUGGGUCCCAUUCAGUUCAAGCUACCUGGGCAGAAUCCUUUGCCCUUAAAUCUCGAGUGGAAGCAGAAGGAGCUGGUUCCUUUGCCCAGCAUGGAAGGCCCAGACUGCCGACCAGAUGCGGGACCCGGAGGAGAUGUGGCCCUCCAGAAUUGCCCGAGGCCGGAGACCCCCCAAAAAGUCAUGAGUUUAUUGGUGGUCUCGGGGGGCUCAGGUGUCAAGGACAAGACUAGCUCCGGACUUCCGCAGAUAGGGCCACCCUCGACCUCUGUAGCCCAGCUGCAAGCUGGAAGCGAGCCAGGGGAUCAAGGAAGCGGGCAGUGGGAUAGUAAAGGGCCAGAAGAGGGGCCCUUUCCAGCACCGCCGCCAGGGCAAGGAGUGUCUACAGCUCAGGGGGUGCCCAUGGCUCAAGGGGAGCCGAGCGCUCCGUCAGUACCCGAUGCUCAAACAGUGCCUGAAACUCUCGAAGUGCCCAUGGCUGCGGCAGUGGCCACAGCGCAAACCCCACCCACGAAUCAAGGGCCACCUGCAGUCCCCAAAGUGCCUACAGCCCAGACGACGCUGGCGGUCCACGCAGAAACUGCCGCUCUCGAAGUGCCUUCGGCUCCGACGAAGCCAGCAGCUCAAGGGGUGCCCACGGCUCAGAAGGCAGCCGGGGCUCCGCCGGCAUCAGCAGCUCCAGCGGUACCUGCUGCUCCAAGAGCUCCCACGGCUCAGAAAAUGCCUGUGGCAAAGUCAUCACCUGCGGGGCCCAGAGCACUCAAAGCUCAAACUGGGCCUGCAGCCAAAACGGGGUCUGCAGCCCCCAGAGCACCUGCCGCCCCCAAAGCCUCCAGAGCUCCCAAACCGCCUGCGGCUCAGAAGACGCCCACAUAUCCGGGGCCAGUCUCGGGUGCGGCCAAACUCCUGAGCGAGGGCCAGCCUUCGUCAAGGGGCAAUGCCUCCUUCCCAAAGGGCCAGGGGGAGGCUGAAAGGCAGGGUCCCCAGUCCGGCAGCACCUCGGCUCCCAGUAGUAAGCACCAACCUCAGAUGGAGGGGGUCCUGGGGGCUCGGGAGGGGGCCCCGAGGCAGCCGCCUCGCCACCCGCAGGCAAACAGCACAGUCACCAGCUUUCAGAGGUACCACGAGGCCCUGAAUACACCGUUCGAGCUGAACCUAUCGGGGGAACCUGGGAACCAGGCGUUGCGGCGAGUGGUCAUUGAUGGCAGCAGUGUGGCCAUGGUGCACGGCCUCCAGCACUUCUUCUCCUGCCGUGGCAUCGCCAUGGCGGUGCAGUAUUUCUGGAACCGGGGCCACCGAGAGGUCACUGUGUUCGUACCCACCUGGCAGCUGAAGAAGAACCGGAGGGUGAGAGAGAGCCACUUCCUGACGAAGCUUCACUCCCUCAAGAUGCUUUCCAUCACCCCCUCCCAGCUCGAGAACGGCAAGAAGAUCGCCACCUACGACUAUAGAUUCAUGGUAAAGCUGGCAGAGGAGACAGACGGCAUCAUCGUCACCAACGAGCAGCUCCAUGUCCUGAUGAACAAUUCCAAGAAACUGAUGGUCAAAGAUCGCCUGCUGCCCUUCACCUUUGCGGGGAAUCUCUUCAUGGUGCCGGAUGACCCGCUGGGCCGUGAUGGCCCCACCCUGGACGAGUUUCUGAAGAAGCCAAACAGGCUAGACACCGACGUUGGCAACUUCCUGAAGGUGUGGAAGACCCUUCCUGCCCGUUCGGCCGGCGCCUCUGAGCCGGGUGACGGGGCUGACCCUGCACCUCGGGAGGGUCUGCGGGAUACGGAAGAAGUCAAGGAGGAGAAGGGGGAGGGGCAGGAUGAGGAGCAGGGGCAGGGGCCGGUGGUGCAGGAACCGGCUGAAGAAGACGCCCCGGACUCCUCCCUGGCCUCCGUGUUCAGGGCUGAGUGCCCGUCCCUUUCAGAGGAGCUCCUCCGGUGUCUCAGCCUCCACGACCCCCCUGACGGGGCCCUAGACAUCGAUCUCCUGCCCGCGCCGGCUUCUCCCUACCUGGGCAUCCCCUGGGACGGGAAGGCUCCCUGCCAGCAGGUCCUGGCCCAGCUGGCCCAGCUGACCGUCCCCAGCAACUUCACUGCACUGUCCUUCUUCGUGGGGUUCAUGGACUCCCACCGGGAUGUCAUUCCUGACUACGAAGCUCUCGUGGGCCCCCUUCACGGCCUCCUCAAGCAGAAGCCGGACUGGCAGUGGGACUGGGAGCAUGAGAAGGCCUUCCUGGCUCUGAAGCGAGCCCUGGUGUCCGCCCUCUGUCUGACGGCCCCCAACGCCCAGCUGCCCUUCCGCCUGGAGGUGACAGUGAGCCAGGUGGCCCUGACGGCCGUGGUCUAUCAGGAGCACUCAGGGAGGAAGCACCCCAUAGCCUAUACCUCAAAACCCCUCCUCCCCGAUGAGGAGAGCGAGGGCCCCCAGUCAGGGGGAGACAGCCCCUACGCAGUGGCCUGGGCCCUCAAACAUUUUUCCCGCUGCAUCGGAGACACCCCGGUGGUCCUGGACCUUUCCUACGCCUCCCGGACCACUGUGGGCCCCGAGACGCGGGAGGGCCGCAAGGUUUCCAAAGCGUGGUUGAUCCGAUGGUCCCUCUUGGUACAGGACAAAGGCAAGAGGGCCCUGGAACUGACCCUACUCCAGGGCCUGCUGGGAGAAAACCGACUGCUGACGCCCGCGUCCUCGAUGCCUCGCUUUUUCCAGGUCCUGCCUCCCUUUUCCGACCUGUCCACUUUCGUCUGCAUCCACAUGUCGGGCUAUUGCUUUUACCGUGAGGACGAGUGGUGUGCCGGCUUUGGCCUCUACGUCCUGUCUCCCACCAGCGCCCCCGUCUCCCUUUCCUUCUCUUGCUCCCCUUACACACCAACCUAUGCCCACCUGGCAGCCGUGGCCUGCGGCCUGGAGCGCUUUGGCCAGUCCCGCCUCCCCGUGGUUUUCCUCACGCACUGCAACUGGGUCUUCAGCCUCCUGUGGGAGCUCCUGCCCCUGUGGAGGGCUCGAGGCUUCCUCUCCUCCGACGGGGCCCCGCUACCUCACCCAAGCCUGCUGUCCUACAUCAUCUCGCUCACCUCUGGCCUCUCGUCCCUCCCGUUUAUCUACCGAACCUCCUACCGGGGCUCCCUGUUUGCCGUGACGGUGGACACCCUGGCCAAGCAGGGCGCACAGGGGGGCGGGCGGUGGUGGGACCUGCCGAAGGACGUGCCGGCCCCCGUCGUGUCCCCCCACACCAUGGGCAAGAGGCCCGACUUGCUGGCACUGCAGCGGAGCGACAGCACUCUGGCCGAGAUCAUCGCCAAGCUGCGGGCCGGGCAGAAGCUGCCUGGCUCCUCGCCCUUCAGCUCAGUCUUUAACUCCCUCAGCCUGGACCAGGAGAGCGGCCUGCUCAUGUUCAAGGGGGAUAAGAGGCCCAAGGUCUGGGUGGUCCCGAGGCAACUCCGGAGGGACCUGAUUUUCUCUGUGCACGACCUGCCCCUGGGCGCCCACCAGAGGCCCGAGGAGACCUACAAGAAGUUGCGUUUGCUGGGCUGGUGGCCCGGGAUGCAGGAGCACGUGAGGGACUACUGCCGGAGCUGCCUGUUCUGCAUCCCCCGGAGCCUCCCUGGCAGCGACCUGAAGGUCAUCGAGUCCCCGUGGCCCCUCAGGUCCACUGCCCCCUGGUCCACCCUGCAGAUCGAGGUGGUGGGCCCCGUCACCAUAAGCGAGGAGGGCCACAAGCACGUGCUGAUCGUGGCCGACGCCAACACCAGGUGGGUGGAGGCGUUCCCGCUGAAGCCCUACACGCACACGGCGGUGGCACAGCUGCUGCUACAGCACGUGUUCGCCAGGUGGGGCGUCCCCGUGAGGCUGGAGGCCGCCCAGGGCCCCCAGUUCGCUCGGCACGUCCUGGUGAGCUGCGGGCUGGCCCUGGGAGCCCAGGCGGCCUCCCUGAGCCGGGACCUCCAGUUCCCCUGCUUGACCAGCUCGGAUGCCUACUGGGAGUUCAAGAGGGCCCUCAAGGAGUUCAUCUUCCUGCACGGCAAGAAGUGGGCGGCCUCCCUGCCCUUGCUGCACCUGGCCUUCAGGGCCUCCUCCGCCCAGGCCACGCCCGUCCAGAUCCUGACGGGGGAUGAGGUGAGGCUGAGCGAGCCCCUGUGGUGGGAGAUAAGCAGCGCCAAUAUCGAAGGCCUCAAGAUGGACGUCUUCCUGCUGCAGCUCAUCGGGGAGCUGCUGGAGGUCCACUGGCGGGUGGCCGACAAGCCCAGUGAAAAGGCGGAGAACAGGCGUUUCAAGCGGGAGAGUCAAGAGAAGGAGUGGAAUGUGGGCGACCAAGUCCUCUUGCUGUCCCUCCCCAGGAACGGCAGCAGUGCCAAAUGGGUGGGCCCCUUCUAUAUCGGGGACCGCCUGAGCCUGUCUCUCUAUAGGGUCUGGGGCUUCCCGACUCCGGAGAAGCUUGGCUGCAUCUAUCCCUGCAGUCUGAUGAAGGCCUUUGCCAAGAGCGGCACACCCCUGUCCUUCAAGGUCUUGGAGCAAUGACCGGGGUGGUGGGAGAGCCCCCCACUCCAAGGUCCUGGGCUUUUGCUGCUAGGCCUCCCCCAGCCCCGGGAAGUGGUCUCACAGCCCCCUGGGGGCCUCGGUUGUGCCUUUUGUGGAGAAGUGAAUUCACAAAGCUUUGCUGAAUUGCCUUGAACUGGGGACCAGUGUCCCUACAGAAACAUCCCCAGUUUGGGGUACUGGGAGCAUCUGUCAAAGGCUGUGAGAUAUGGGCCUCUGGCGACUUCACCCUGGGGUAGGGGUAGGCCUGGCUCCGUGUCUUUCCCAGAGUAUCCCCUUCGUCCUGUCACGUGUGGGCGGGUAUGUACACAUGCCCCCCGGAAUCUUACUUCUGGUGUGAUUCUGGGCCUCAAAAUCGGAACUACAUUCCCUCCUCUAAUGUGGACUCUUCUCCUGGACUGUUCAUUUGGGGAGCCUUUGCCCUUCAAGUUGUCACAGCUGACACAAAUCCCUGAGGUUGUUACGGCUCAUUCCCAGUCUCGUGGCCACCUUCCUCAGGCCAGGCUAAGCCCGCCCCGCUGUCAAGGAGAGGCUGGCAGUACGGGGCCCGAGGCUUGGGGCUGGGGUAGGAGUACGGCCAGCCACACAGAGUGUCCUGCUUGUCAGCAGGGGAAGGGCAGGGGGAGACAGCCUACCUCAGUUGGCUCCAGCCAAUGGAGACAAGUCCCCAUCCCCUGCUUCCAUGGCGUCAACCAUACAGAAAUCAAAGGAUCUCGAUGCCGAGUGUGGCGUCUCUACCUGACAAGCUGCUUCAACUAGACCAAGGGGCCCAGGCCUCUGUUUCAAGGGGGCAGGGCAUCUGAAACGAGCAGUCUGGCACACGGUGACGUGCUGGCAUGGCUCUACGUCCCAACCCCACCCCAAAGCCCGCAGCCCUCUCCUCCUCCCAUGGCUACUGUACCCUGCAUCCCCGGACUCUGCCCAGGGUGCGACUGCUUUGGUUGGGUCACCCCAUCCCCCGCACCUGCCUUCUGUGUACAGCAAGACCCAACUCCCUCCGAGCCACUCUCUGCAGAGACCAUCUUGUAGGGAGAGGGAAUUUCUCCUAGGUGCGUGUGCUCACACUGACCCCUCCGAGUUGCUGCUGUUUCCACCGGCAGAGUAAUUCCAGGUGAAGACCAGCACCGUAUCACUCUGGCGGGGCCUCUGCGUGGUUUUAUUUCUCCAAAGCUGAGCCAGUGUCCUGGCCUGGCCCAGGUUGCCAAAGCACUUGGCGUUGCUAGAGCUAGGCAUUACCUACCAUCGCAUCCAGUCUGCUUGUUGUUACGGCUAAGGAGAGAGGCCCAGAGGGGGAAGCGAUGUGCCCAAAGUCACACAGCUAGUUGGUGGCUGAGUUGAGACCAGGAUUCAGCUUCCCGACUCUCAGUUCACUUUAAACAGGGUUCUGGUGACAGGUUCAAGGGAGAGAAUCCCUCAGAAUCCUCUUCAAUUCCCCGUCUCCCAGCUCUGUAGACAAACUGCUUCGAUGUUGCCCUUAAGCCAUUUCCAGCUGCUUAUUCUGUCCCGGAGAGAAUGACUGGGUGACAGCUGAGAAACUGAGAGAUGAGUUGUGGGAUUGUUAGCAGAUACCUUCUUUCCUUUUUUCCCUCCGCUCCCCUGGCUUCUCUGCCUCCCUCCAGUGGUAUGCCAACCUCUUCCCGCUCCUCGCUCCUCCGUGCUGGACCCACGUCCCGCCUCCCUCCCCGACACCCCAACUGUGAACCACAUUUAUGAUCUUAUGCCCUUUUAUAUGAUUUUUUUCAUUCAGUUUGUCAAUAAAUGGAUCCAAAUGGA